GAAAGUGACAACAGAAUUCAUAAACGUGAAGAAUUUUUAAAGAAGGUAAUAAAAAGAGAAGAAAAAUGCCGAAACCAAUCAAUGUCAGAGUAACUACGAUGGAUGCUGAGCUGGAGUUUGCCAUCCAGCCCAAUACAACUGGCAAACAGCUUUUUGACCAGGUGGUGAAAACAGUUGGUUUGCGUGAGGUCUGGUUUUUUGGGCUGCAGUAUGUAGAUAGCAAAGGCUAUUCAACAUGGCUUAAACUAAAUAAAAAGGUGACACAGCAAGAUGUUAAAAAAGAGAAUCCUUUACAGUUCAAGUUUAGAGCUAAAUUUUUUCCUGAAGAUGUUUCGGAGGAAUUAAUUCAAGAAAUAACCCAGCGACUUUUCUUCUUGCAAGUUAAAGAAGCCAUCUUAAAUGAUGAGAUAUAUUGCCCGCCAGAAACUGCAGUUCUCUUGGCUUCCUAUGCCGUCCAAGCCAAGUAUGGAGAUUAUAAUAAAGAGAUGCAUAAACCCGGCUAUCUGGCUAAUGAUAGACUCCUACCCCAGCGUGUUUUGGAACAACACAAACUAACAAAAGAACAGUGGGAAGAAAGAAUACAGAACUGGCAUGAAGAACACAGAGGAAUGCUAAGGGAAGACUCGAUGAUGGAAUACCUGAAGAUUGCACAGGAUCUAGAAAUGUAUGGCGUCAACUAUUUUGAAAUAAAAAAUAAAAAGGGAACUGAAUUAUGGCUAGGUGUUGAUGCUUUGGGUCUGAAUAUUUAUGAGCAUGAUGACAAGUUAACACCUAAAAUUGGUUUUCCCUGGAGUGAAAUCAGAAAUAUUUCAUUUAAUGACAAAAAAUUUGUUAUAAAGCCAAUUGACAAAAAGGCACCUGAUUUUGUUUUUUAUGCACCUCGUCUGAGAAUCAAUAAGCGGAUUUUGGCCUUGUGUAUGGGAAACCACGAGCUGUACAUGCGAAGAAGGAAGCCUGAUACCAUCGAGGUGCAGCAGAUGAAGGCUCAGGCUAGGGAAGAGAAGCAUCAGAAGCAGUUGGAAAGGGCACAAUUAGAAAAUGAAAAGAAAAAAAGAGAAAUAGCAGAAAAGGAAAAGGAAAGAAUAGAACGUGAAAAGGAAGAGCUGAUAGAGCGUCUAAGGCAAAUUGAAGAACAAACAUUGAAAGCCCAGAAAGAACUAGAAGAACAGACUCGGAAAGCUCUAGAGCUGGAUCAGGAACGAAAACGAGCAAAAGAAGAAGCAGAACGGCUUGAAAAGGAGCGUCGAGCUGCAGAAGAGGCCAAGUCCGCAAUCGAAAAACAAGCUGCCGACCAGAUGAAAAACCAGGAACAGCUGGCAGCCGAACUUGCCGAAUUCACUGCCAAGAUUGCACUUCUAGAAGAAGCCAAGAAGAAAAAGGAAGAGGAAGCUACUGAAUGGCAACACAAAGCGUUUGCAGCCCAGGAAGACUUGGAAAAGACCAAAGAAGAGUUAAAAACUGUGAUGUCUGCUCCCCCUCCCCCUCCCCCUCCACCAGUCGUUCCUCCAACAGAAAAUGAACAUGAUGAACAUGAUGAGAAUAAUGCCGAGGCUAGUGCUGAAUUAUCGAGCGAAGGGGUAAUGAACCAUAGAAGUGAGGAAGAACGUGUAACAGAAACACAGAAAAACGAGCGUGUUAAGAAGCAACUUCAGGCUUUAAGUUCAGAAUUAGCACAAGCCAGAGAUGAAACCAAGAAAACACAAAAUGAUGUUCUUCAUGCUGAGAAUGUUAAAGCAGGCCGUGAUAAGUACAAGACUCUGCGACAAAUUCGGCAAGGCAACACGAAGCAGCGUAUUGAUGAGUUUGAAGCAAUGUGGGGACCCAAACUGUACGCACUGUUCCAGAUGCGCUCUUGCCAAAGCAGUAUAAAGCAGAUGUGACGGUUCGGAAGAAGUCUCCCCCCCUCACGGGGUCCCUGGCAGCUGACAUGUGGCGAGCUGUAGGAUAAGAAACUACCGAGGCAGACCUAGUGUUCUAACAUCAAGGAAUAUGUAUGUGACUCCCAGCGUCUGGGAUCUCAGUUGGAGCCGGGUGGACCGUGUUCCCUCGACCAGGGCUCCUGCUGACGGGUCUCCCCUUAUCGCCGUCGACUGUUGGUUUUCCCUUUCUUGCUGUUCUGUCUCUCUCCAAACCCCUCUCAACUGUCCUUCCUAAAGACAGAACUUAGAAGGUGGGCCAGGCCUUGGGAUUUCUGCAUUGCACCCCGCAGUCCCAAGCCAGCGUCUGCCGCACCCCAUCUUCAAGGCACCAUCCCCCAGACAGCCUCCCUCGGGAGGCAUCAGCUUCUGAGAAUCCACUUGUUUUCUGCAUGAUUAGCUUGUAAGGAGAAAUCCGUGGAGAGAAUUUCUAAGAAUUUUCCACUUUAACAAACAAACAAAAAAAUGUAUGUGACUUAUCUUUGGCUUUGAACCAAGAGCAAACUCAGUGGUGACCAGCUCCAUUUCUGUGCACACAUCUGUGGAAGAAUCUACAGAAAUUGAUGCAACAUUCCCUUUCCUGUCCAGGCUGUUUGUAUAAUUGUAUAUAAAUGUAGCAAUAAAUAUAUUCUAACGCGG